CCUGAUAUGAAACCACAGAAGCAUCUCUGACUUUACGCGAGUCAUAAAGCCAUCUUGAACUUUAAAAUGUCGUGACUCGGCACAUCUCCCCUGUGAGAUUUUUAAAGCGUUGCAAUGGCCUCCAAUUUGUUUGUGGAUCUUUUCCGGUCUGGUACUAAAAUAACAAUAAAAAAACACGUUGUUUUGACUACAGUCGUAGUUUGAAUUUGUUCCCACGAGAUAAGAAAGUCUAGAUCUGUUAUCUGUUCACCGGGGGAUAGUGUAAGGACAAGUCCUCUUUGUUCAGCCACAAAGUAAUUCAACUUGUCGCCGGUUGCGCUUCACACCAGAAAGAUACAGCCGCACCGUCCAGACUGUUUCAACGCUGAACCCAUCUAAAAGAGACUCGGGAAAGACGUAAUAUUACAACCACGAAUCCAAAAAAAGGGAUUUUGUAAGGGUUAUGGUGGAUCGUGAAACGACUCCUUCGUCUGUGGUUCCGAGGCGCCCUUUGCUGGGCCGGCGAGCGACAUGCCAAUAUUACAGCCCGUCUUGGAUUCUCUCAAGAAAUGACGAGAAAAGGCUGCUUAUCGUGCAAGAGAUCUUGGAAACUGAAGAAAAGUACAUCAAAUGCUUGGAGACGAUUCGAGAUGUUUUUGAGGACAGACUCCGUCGCCUGCGAAUAAUUCCAACCAAAGAUGUCGAUGUCAUCUUCCCGCCGAGUCUGAGUGAGAUCCUGACCUCACAUAUUCGUCUCCACGAAACGCUGAGUCAGCGGAUUCAAGAGUGGAAUUACCGCAGCACAUUCGGUGACCUGUUUGUCCGGUUUUUCAGUCAGGAUGAGCAGGGGGAUUUGGUCCAGAAAUACUCCGAGUUUUCCAACAACUUCCCUAAAGCGAUCAGGACGAUCCACAAGUGGAGACUUAGCUCGCACAAGUUUGAUAACUUCCUGGAGACAUGUCGUGCAAAUUGGCCGUGCAACGGGCUGGAUCUCCAGGCGUAUCUCCUGAACCCAAUACAGAGACUGCCAAGAUACGUACUUCUUAUAUCACAAUUAGUCAAGUUCACAGACGUGAGUCACCCAGACCGUGUCCACGUGGAGCAAGCCUUUACUACACUGACACGGAGCGUGGAUGAACUAAACAGUUCGAUCCAGAACUCACUUAAACUCGUGUCUGAAACUAUGGCACGAAAGAGAUUUCCUAAGAGACGUCCAGUUUUAAAACAAAAAGAGCUUAUUCGAGUCUAUCACAAUGACGAGGGAGGGGAGCGAGCGAAAGAUAUAAAGACGCGCCCAGUUUCCAUAUGCUCCUCGAAUUCAUCUGGAUACGCAAGCGACGAGGGGGACUCGGGACAAACGGCCCAAAGCACUAUCAACAACAAAUUCCGUCCAAUGGCUGCUCCUAAUGAUAGUGUGCAAAUACGGGAUUCAGAUUGCGGGCUUAGGGAGAUUGCACAACAGAAAUUUGACUUUGCGAAUUCUUGCACUUCGCCGAGUCUGUUAAAACUACAAACUUUGAAGCAAACUGGUGGCAGAAUACCAGAGAAUAAGGACAGUUUGGAGCGUGACAGGAGAGACAGCUGCGGUACAAAAGAACUCAGAGACUUGCGUGACGCCAUCAGACGAUGUGGCGUGACUGAUUCACCGACUGUCCCGGAUGAUAAAGGAAAACGUAAUGCAAAGGGGAGACCUAUGAGUAUGUUUGUUGGGAGCUUUUUUUCUGCGAAUAAAGAUAAACAGCAAAGUAUUAAUAACAAUAAUAAUGUUGGAGAUGACUCUGGCGGUUUUCCUGCCUUAAAUAUUGGCCCCUGUUUGGAGAAAAAGUCAAUAAAAAGAGCCUACUCGGAUGGACUUUCCUCCGGCUUUCUUCCUCAAACUCUAGAUUUUGCGGGUCAAAGCGGGCCACGCGCGGGACUCUGCGGGAAGCGUAUGUCAUGGACACCUCAAAACUCGUGCGAGUCUCUACCAGGAGGGCGUUGUGGUCUUUAUUCGGGGUCACAGUCCAGCUUUCGGUCGGGUUAUACAGAGGAGAGUAUCGAUGAAGACCGCGUUAGUGUUGGCUCCGGGUUCUCCACCGUUUCUAUGCCUGUUAGCGGUCGGUACACCAAGAAAAAGAUGUCGCUCAGGGAGUUGUUCAAGCAACUAAGACCUGGAAAACAACGCGGAAGUGCGCACAUCAGCGUUAAAACCUGCCCUCCACCACAGGAACCCCGGUCGCGUCUUGUUCGCGGGAUGCAAAUGAUCUCUGCUGUAUGAGUAAUUACAGGAUUGCCCUCCACCACAGGAACCCCGGUCGCGUCUUGUUCGCUCGAUGCAAAUGAUCUCUGCUUUUUUGAGUAAUAACAAGAUUGCCCCCCACCACAGGAACUCCGAAUGCGUCACGGGAUGCAAAUGAUUUCUGCUGUAUAAGUAAUUAUAAGAUGUAUACGUUUUGAUGUACCAUGUAUAUAAUCUACAAAAUGCAAAAAAAUUAUCACUCGACAAUGCGAUUUUAUUCAUAUCAAAUUUCAUUGUUGUUUUUCCCAGUGGGAUGAUUCUUAAUAUAAAUAAUAUUCACCUUUCAAAUAUUGCACUCGGACGUUGCACUCGGAGAAUCGUAACCUGCAGUGCUUCAUGGGUAUCAAAUAAAUAAUAAAAUAAGCGUAAAAAACACAGGUUUGAAAAGUUUAAGCAUUCUUGGUUAUGUACCAAGGAGCUACCCAUGAGCCACAGCGGGCUAUGAUACAUGGCUUCGAGGUUGCAACAUUAGUUGAAAUAGAUGUAUAACCAAUAUUGUGAGAUGAACUCAUACCUCUAAUUUCAAUCCCAUUUGAUUGCUUUAAUAAUUACAAACAUUGGAAUCAGACGAGAAGCUUCUAGACCAGGAGUUUUGUAUUUACAAUCGCGUCAUAAAACCAAUAAAAAUCUUUAUAUCUGA